GUCGCAGCGUCGGUUCUUCUUCACCUUCUUCUUUCCGGUAUCACUCUGCCCUCGUCAAAUUUCUGGGAAUUUCCUCUCUCAUAAAUAAGUGCAGAAAUAUAAAAUAAAAUAAAAUAAAAUUCCACCCUGGAGGAGUUCUGAUUUUUUUUCGUUUCCUGAAAAUAUCUUGGCGUGCAUGUAACAAGUAGACCAUAAUUUUAGCACGUAAUUGAAUCUCUCCUCCCGAAAAAGCUGGUUGAAUAGAGUGUCAUCACUAAAUUUGAUUUCGUCUCAAUUAAGCCCCCGACUCAUUGUACGGGGUGACUGACUGACAGCGUUUCAAGUGGAGGCAGGCAUACACACACCCCAUGCCGAGGAGGAAAAUUAUGACGUGACAGUCGUCUCAAAUUUCGGCAUACUUUUUUUCUUCUCCAGUGUCAAAGUGUGGGUGGUGGUGACGAAUUUGCGUGAAAAGUGUGACGCUGGACUGGAUUUUUACGUAAAGAUGUGAUGUUAAAGAGCUUUAAAAGAGAGAAAAAAAUACACACUGAGGACGAGCUCAUCGACUCUGUUUUAAGACUGUGACCGUGCCAAAUACCCAGAGACCAGGGGCAACCCCUGGUGGCGGAGAGAAGCCCAACCUUAAAGUGAAAGUCUUUAGCAAGAAACCAUCCAAUUUUCGAGUGAUACUCCAAUUUGUAAACUGUCACUUUCUCCAUUCUCUCUCUCGUCGUCGGUGUGGUGCAAUUAAUCCUGAGAAAAUUACGUGUGUGUCACCCACCAGCAGACUAAACCAAGGUUGAAAAAAUGAUGGAGAAAGUAAAGUUGCACAAUUUUUAACCUUUUGGGUCCCCUCCCAAAGAAAAACGUGCCCCGUGGAGAGUUUAGUUAAUUGUUUAUUGUGUGCUGCGGGACUGGAUCAGAUUCCGAUUUAGAUUAGAGGAGAGACAUUCUGGGAACAAAGUGGUUUUGCAGAGUGCCCGCUUUUCCCCACGUUUUGAAUGAUGAUCACAUCUCCUUCCUCCGAUGAGACGUUUUUCGCAACACGAAAGAGAGCAGACUGACUGAGAUAAAUUGGUCCUUGAUAAAGUGCUGGGUCGCAGUUUUGGAGUUGGUUCUCCGGUGGUGAAAGUGGAAGCGAAACCGAGCCGACUUUUCGGAGGAAAGAGAUUUUUGGGAAAAUGCUGCAUCUCAUCCUUGGAUCUUUGGGCACACUGAUGAGCUUCUUUGGCAUCUUCACCAAUCUCUACGUCCUCGUGGUGCUUCUCCGGAAUAAAAAGGCGCGCACGAGUAACGAAUGGAUCCUGCUUCACCUCUCGUCCUGCGGCUUGACGGCGAGUUUGACGAAUCUCCUGUGUAUCGGGCCCUCCGUCUUUUUGGAAAAGUGGAUCACGGCGAGCGGGUCGUCGAUGGUCUCGGUCGGCUGCGAUGUCACUGGUGCGGCAACCCUCUCACUCCAACUGCUCAUCGUGUGGAGCAUUUGUGCCUUAAGUGCCGACCGAUGUGCAGCAAUCGUGAGUCCGCUCCGUUACACGCAGGUGAUCACGAGGCGAAAAAUCGCCGCAUUUUUCCUCUCCGUUUGGAUCAUCACGAUUUCCGUCGUCCUCGUCUCGUUCUUCAUCAAACCCGCAGAACUCCAACGACACCAAUCUGGAACAAUUACUACGGAAGUAGCGGGCGUGACGACUUUGGGGGGUCGUGGCAUCCCACACAUCGUCCCAGUCUGGGACCACCGCCAAACUCUAGGACCAGGGGAUGAAGCUUCUGUGACCCCCUACUUCCCCACCACCACGAUCGUAGACUUAGAUAACCCUCGGUCAACGGAGGAAGAUAACGACGACGUCUUAUCCAACACUGCAACGAUGGGGUACAUUUCCACGCUUCACGACGUCACGACGGACCACCUUCUCCUCCAACAACAGCAACCGCAGCAACAGAACGCUAGCCAACUUUAUGCCCAAGGUCCAUUCCAGUAUCGCCCCCUGAUUGGCGUCUGUCUACCGAAAUUGUCAUCGAUUUCUGUCCUGGGAGCGUUGUGGGUGUCGGGCUGGAUAAUUUUGAUUCUUAUCGCGCCCAUGGUGACCAUUUUGAUUUGCGACUUUACCGUGUUGUCCAUCGCGCGCAGACAGCGGCACCGCAUUAUCAUGGCGCUCUACCAGAUUACGGCCGUGACGCAGGUGACCGUGACGGGCAGUAAGGGAGCCCCCUUACCCGGGCUUUGGCUGAAUAGGUCCGUCCCGGCGAGGUCAAGGGCGUGUAGGGCGGUCUGGGAGGAUAUGAUGACACUCCUCGUCCUCCAUGUUCCACUCAUACUCAUUUUUAUACUGGAGAGCACGCUGGAUUCUCACUCGGCCCCUUUUCAGAUUGACACCGUCGCCUCGUUGAGUCUCUUUUUGACGCCGAGCUUGACGGGAAUCUUGUACGGGAUCCGAGCCAGACCGCUGCGCACCGCGUACAAGAGCUACUUAAGGAAACGACUCACUAAUUCGACCCUCCAGCAUGAGAUACAGCAACGUCUUUCUCCCGUGGACGGAUCGCCCCGACUUUCCGGGUCCAGACUGAAGAGCUUCCGAUCCUCUUCCCCGUCGCCCAACUCUUCCCCAACAAUGACGCCGCAACGUCGCCAGUCGACGAACGACCUGCGCCCGCCCCCCUUCCCUUUGGCGAUGAGCAUCUCCCCCUCGCACGGCCACCUCGGCAACCAUCACCACCACCACGCCGGCACGCUCGGCAACCAGUUGAACGGGGGGAAGCGGAAGGUCAGGUCGUUCCUCCAUUUGCCGUCGCAGGUGGACAUGCAAGAAUUUUGGAGCGGGAUGCGACGCCCGAAUAGAAGUCCGACGAUCGUAAUUACGCACGAGAUCCGGUUAAAGGACAGUUCGAGCUCCUUGUGCUCGCAACUUCCGUCUCCAGCGGCGGAACAAAGACUGUAAAAAAAUCAAAAUUCCCCACCACCACCACAAAAAAAACUUGUGAUAUAUUGACAAAUGGUCCGUUCUUGUCCUUCUUCUACUCAGUGUUUGACGUGUGUUCAGUUAAGAAAUAUUUAGUAAUCAAGUUCGUUUCAAAUUUCCCAGGAUUAAAAAAAACUGGUUAAAGGCAGGUUCAGAAUCGUUAAAUCCAUGAUUUUGGUGGUGGUUGUACCGCUCCCUCCAGUCAAUGACACCUUGCCUGCCCCCAUAACUGGGGGGGAGGAUUUAGCAUUUUCAUUUUCACAUUGCGGACGAAGAUUCGAUCUGAAUGCAUAUUCAAUGAUUCUGAAUCCGGCUUUAACUUGUCGCGUGUCUGCUGUGUGAUUAUGGAUGAGCACGUGUGGAGUACGUACAUAUUUAUUUAGAAAUUUAAGAUUUAUGUAUUAAAGUUAAAUCAGGACAAGAUGAGUGAUUUACAUAUUUACUAUUUACUAUUUACCACUGGAAACGAGGGGGACUGCCACCGCUUAUUUAUACAUAGCGAAUUGUUGGACUUCCGAACCAACAUUCCAGUUUUUAGGGAGAAAAAGGCGAGUCAUUUUUUACUACUCUGCUUUCACUCUAAUCAGAAAUCCUGAAGAGGAGAAUAUUUCCACAGUGAAUUUACUUGCUUAUUAAUUUAGCCCUAAAUAUAUGCCGCACGUGUCAAUUUUUUAAUCAAAAAUUUUCAAAAGGUAGUUUUAAAGGAGAUUUUUAACAGAUAAGUUACACAUUUUUUGUAUAGAAUUUUAGAAUCUUGGUAAAUUUUAUGGACAAGAAAGAAAAAAUAAGGAAUCUCUAUCUUGUACAAAGUUGUGUAAAUCUUGACCUUUUCAUUCAUGCUCCAAUUUCACCCACAUCCAAUUUUCUGUCACAAUUUAAGUAAUUCGAACUCCCAAUUUCCAUUUAGUUGAAGCGAAAUGGAAAUCAAACCCUAUUUUCGUGUUGCUUAUGCAAGAAACAUGGAUCGCUUAAAGUUACCAUCUGCACGAAUUAUACAAGCCAAAGUAGUUACGUAACCGGCACAAAGAGAAGAACCAAAAGCUAUCUAUAUAUAGUUUUUAUUUAAUUAGGAUAAUCACGUGAUACGAUAUAAUUAAUUGUGUAAAGUAAUUUAGGGGGGUCAAGGGAUCAUAUCCUUCCUGUAUCAAUUAUAACAAGGGACAAAGGUCACACCAGGGGUCAAAAUAGUCAUCAAAUCGAUCACCUGCUUUAUGUACGACUAAAUAUUAACUUAAAUACAUAAAUAGAUAGGGCACAACAGGGUAGUAUUUUUACACUUGGCCACCUUUUCCUCUGCCGUAAAGUAUAAGAAACCAAAUCUUUUAUUCCACCUGCAUUUCAUAAAAUUUCCACCUAAAUAUCUUAACUAAAUGUAAGCAUGUGUACUAACCUAUGAAAAUUUACCAUGCGAAAAUUGGCAUAUUUUUUGCAGAAGAAUUUUGCACAAUUUUUUUGCCCAAAUUUUUCUGCAGAGUGUAAAUUUUUUCCCGAGUUCUGGAGGAUUUUGCUGGACCGAAAAAAAACGGAGGUCGAUUUUCACAGGGGAAACGUGUCUAUCACUAAAUCAGUCAUUUUAUUCUUCUAUUUUUGUGAUGAAAUUCUAAGUCGUGAGGGGAUGAAAAAAAAAUGCAAAAUGUGAUGUACUACAAUACCUGAGAUACUUGUAAAACAGUCCAGUCCACAAAAAUAUAUUGCUAAUUGUUACCAUUAACGAAAUGAAAACUAUAAGUCAAUCAAUCAAAACCUGUAUUCGAUGCAACGUAAAUUAAAUUUAGAGUAAUCGUGUACCUUAUUAAUUAAUUAAUAGGUUAUCUUAAUAAUGAUAACAAAUGUUACCUUAUCGAAUCUCUAUACACAUAGUGUGUGACUUAAGCAUGAAAAUUUACAACGUGUCGAAAAUUUUUCAAUUUUUCUGCACAAUUCACCAGAGCUCCAGAAAUUUCUGCAUAAUUCUUCAUAAAAAUUCUUCAGAAAAAUUGUCCAGAAUUGUAAGAGUUUAGUCUGCAGAAAAAUUUACCAAUUUUCGACUGGCAGAUUUUCAUGCAAUAAUAUUGGCGAAAUCUUUUAUGUGCUUACCGCUGAUGAACCUGACGUCACUUUGACCUCGUAAUUUUUCUGUGAAACUGACAUCGAGAUGGAUGACAUGCGAAGACAAAAUUCCUCCCUCACUCAUGACCCCCCGUUAUCACUUGUAGAGUAAAAUAAUAAUAUAACACAUUGUCAAUAUUUAACUCAUCCACACUUUAAAAAAAUAAAUGUAUGUAUUCCUUACUUAUGUAACUCUGUGUAAUAUAAAAUACUUAUCGUCUCAUUGUUUCUCUUUUAAGGUACGAGUGUAUUUAUGUAAGUUAAGUAUAUGAAUAUUACGUGGGAGUAAAUAUUCGUAAAAUUUGUUCUCUUCUAUGUAAUACAUAAACAAAAGCGACGUGAAUAAUAAUAAAAAAACAAAACAAUUUUCUCAUCUGA